AGCGAGCGUUAAACAGAGUCGCCAGAAGGUUGGAACAAAAUAGCAACGUUGCGUCCUACUGUGCAAGAGUUGGGUGCUCGGCGAUUUUGCUUUGGUGUGAGUUCCUCCUUGUUCGCGUCGGGUUCUCAGUGUGCGUGCGCGAGUGUGUCGUCGUCGUCACUCGUCCCAAGUAAAAGCCAAAAGAGUCCGCUCACUCACCAGAAGACUUCCGCGAGAAAGUUUUUUUGGCCGUGCAAUUUCUGACAAAAGUGGAAACGAAGAAAAAAGGCACCAGACAGAGGGGUUCGAUAGUGGAAAAAAGUGUCAAAAUCGGGGCUGCCUAUUGGCUAUGUUCUGCUAAUUGGAAAAUCAUUGUGUAACCAGCUGGAGGAACGGCCAGGAAUCGAAGACGACGGCGAAGGAAUGGAAUAAUCGAUGCUCGUCGGGUGCGGAGGGUGCCGGAGUGACAGAGUGCUUAAGUGAAUCCAUCAUCGGUACAAACCUCUUUAGAAGAAGAAGAAUUUGAAUCGUUACAAAAUAAAGCAAAACAAAGCUAGAAAAACAGGAUAAUCUCGCGAACGUUUCAACCCGUGUGACCGCGUCAAGUCACCCCUCCAUUUUGUGCCGGUUUGUGGUCAAUGGUGGACAUGUCAUGAGAAUUAACAGAAUCGACGAAAGAAUGGAUGAAAAUUCGGCACUGAACCACCAGAAUGGUGGCAGUGGUCAGCUGGGCGGAAUCGGCGUCGGGGGAGCCGGAUCGGGAAUGCAGGCAGGGGGCAGCGCCGGAGGCCUCGGCGGAAUGGCCAACAACAACAAUUCCAUGGGCGGAAUGAACAACAACAAGCCGGGCGGUAUGGGGGGAACCGGCGGCAACGGCCAGGACGAUCAGAACAACAAGGCCUCGCCGACGCAGUACUCGAUUCCGGGCAUUCUGCACUUCAUCCAGCACGAGUGGGCUCGGUUCGAGCUGGAGCGGUCCCAGUGGGACGUUGAUCGCGCCGAACUACAGGCUAAAAUUGCAGUACUAUUAGGUGAACGAAAAGGUCAGGAAUCUCUGAAAUCUGACCUAAUUAGGCGUAUUAAAAUGUUGGAAUAUGCGUUAAAACAAGAAAGAGCGAAAUUCCAUCGGUUAAAGUACGGUGUAGAUCCUCCUAUGAACGAUAUUAAACCCCCUUCGGAUGAUCCCGGAAUAGGCACAGAAGUGGCUCCAGAUCCCGAAGUUCCCUACAGUUCCGUGUCCAACAUAACAUGGAGGCAAGGCAGGCAGCUGCUGCGCCAGUAUUUACAAGAAAUCGGUUACACAGAAACAAUCAUUGACAUCCGCUCGAAUCGGGUUCGCUCGUUACUGGGGCUGAACAACAACAGCGAACAGGAGGAAAAUGUGAACCCAAACAUCAACGGUGGUAGCGAAACCAAUAAGCGUGCUAGCGAGUCACAAGGUCGUCGGACGCCGGCGAAAAAGUCACAACCCUCAUCAAUGACCGAAGCAAUGAUCCUGGACUCGGAAGCGGCCGUUAUAGCGAACUUCGAAUUCCUGACGCAAGCUGAAACAGAGAUGUCCGAUGACGAUGACAUGUCCGACGAGAUCGGCGAGAAUGAGGAAACGGACAUGAAGACGACAAAGCGAAAAGCCAAAGCUACUCUGAACGAUGACGAUGUUGACGCCGAAGCGGAUGAAGUUAUCAAUGAGUUGAAUCUGCUAACAGAAGGUGAGGACAGCAAUUUGUCAGAGAACAGAAAAGCCGACGGAGGGGAUUUAUUUGUUGGCUACAACAAACCCGCCAUACCACGUCACCCUACGAUACCGGGAAUCACCAGUGACGAGGAGGUUGACUCCUCCCUCGGACUGGGUGAGCUAGCGCAACUAACAGUCAACAAUGAGGCCGAAUCGACGUACGAGGUGUCCAACGCGAAGGAACCCUACCGCAAAACCUGGAACGCCAAAUAUACGCUACGGUCGCACUUUGACGGUGUCCGAGCGCUGGCGUUCCACCCGCAGGAGUCCGUUCUUAUAACUGCCUCCGAGGACCACACGCUAAAGCUGUGGAACCUGCAGAAAACCGUGCCAGCUAAAAAGUCCGCUAGUCUAGAUGUGGAGCCUCUCUACACGUUCCGUUCGCAUAACGGACCGGUGCUGUGUUUAGCAAUGUCCGCCAACGGUGAACAGUGCUACUCGGGUGGUCUGGACGGAGCGAUCAACUGUUGGAAUCUGCCAAACUACAACAUUGAUCCGUACGAUAGCUAUGACCCGGAGGUGAUGAAAUGUACGCUGGACGGACACACCAACGCCGUAUGGGGUCUAGCGGUGAACCACACGAAAAACAGCCUGGUGUCGUGUUCCGCUGAUGGAACGGUCAAGUUGUGGACACCUUCCGGUAAGAUUCCACAGCUGAACAACACAUUCACGUCGGAAGCGGAGGGUAUCCCGACGUCGGUGGAUUUCGUCCGCGAUCAAACCGACAGAAUAGUGGUCGCCUACAGUAGUACGCAUUGUUUAAUCUACGAUACGGAAACCGGAAGGCAGGUAGUGAAACUGGAGGCCAGUCAGGAGAUGACCGGCAACGUAGGAAAACACAUUAACAAAGUGAUCAGCCAUCCGACGCUACCGAUAACGAUCACGGCCCACGAGGAUCGGCACAUCCGGUUCUGGGACAACACCACCGGGUCGUUGAUUCACUCGAUGGUGGCCCAUCUGGACGCGGUCACCAGUUUGGCCAUCGACGCGCACGGGUUGUAUCUGCUGUCCGGGUCGCACGAUUGCUCCAUCCGGCUGUGGCACAUGGACAACAAGACGUGCGUGCAGGAGAUCACGGCCCAUCGUAAAAAGUUCGACGAAAGUAUAUUGGACGUUGCAUUUCAUCCUUCGAAGCCGUAUAUUGCUAGUGCAGGUGCUGAUGCAAUAGCUAAAGUGUUCGUUUAAUAUGUAAGUCACCACGCUGAAACUUUUUUAUGCAAAAAAUGUACAGAGUCAGCAGGCGUUGCGUGGGAGGGAAUACUAGUAGGCGAUGAUCUGGUCGAUCAGAUAGUGGUGUGAAACGUGGCGAUGUUCAAGUUCCACUGAUCGAGGAUGAUCAACGGCCAUACAGUCUCAAUAGCCCCCAAAGUCCAAAAUUGGUCAUUGAAAACUCGUCAAAGUGACCUCGGCCUGUGGAACUGACACGCGGAAACAUGGUUCGCACACGCUUGCUAAGUACGCCCAUGUCGAAAGUUGAUCCGGAUUCAAACAAAAAAUAUGGAAUAAAGGCAUGUUCUUUAUAAAACAAAAGUAGUAUACACAAAUCCGAGAGCGCAGUGCGGGAAAGAGAGAAUUAAGCAAGAGAUACGCGAUACGCGCUUAGAUGCAACAGGCAAACCGUAGUUGUUUUUAAUUAUCACGAACAUUCUAGUUACAAACAAAAAAUAUUAAAAGCUGACGAUUGAAAGCAGAGAAGUAAAAUAACAGACUUAGUAAUAUUGCAUGAUAAUUUUUACAGAGAAAGCAAAAACUCACAUAAAAACAUAACACACUCAAACACAUAGCAUACAUUCUUACAACAAACACACACGAGCGACUUCUACCGGAAGAACUCUAGAA